ACCCGAUCGCGUUAAUAACAAACCUUGGUGGUAAAGGCGGGGAUCGUGCGAGAAUUUUCAGUUUUUACUUCGAACUAUUCCAGAUAAAAAUGGUUCCCACAGUGCGGACAGAUGCUUGUGUUAUUGGAGCAGGUAUUUCGGGCCUUGCAGCGGCAAAAUGUCUUCAAGAUGCCGGGUUUGCGGUGGUUGUGUUGGAGCAGAGUGAUCGAGUCGGCGGGCUUUGGGCGUUCCGAGAACGUGGGUACGGCGUCAUGCGCUUUACACACAUCAAUGUGUCCAAGUACAACUACUGUUUCUCUGAUUACCCGUUUCCUGACGAAACGCCAGACUUCCCCCACCAUUCCCACAUGGCGAGAUACGUCGAUGAUUACACGACGCACUUUGGAUUGGAUAAGAUCAUUCGAUUCCAGAUGAAGGUGGUUUCCUUGACCAGGCAGGAUGAAGAAUGGAUCAUUAGAGCAGCUAGGGUGGACGCUGAUAAACACGGCGAAGAAAAACUUGGAGAACAAGAAACCUUCAUAGUCAAGUAUGUCGCCAUUGCAUCGGGUCAUCACGCCGCACCAAACCAGCCCAAGUUCCCCGGGCAAGAAAGUUUCAAAGAAGAGAUCAUCCAUAGUGUUUCGUACAAGGAUGCGAUAACCAGUGGCAUUGUGGGUAAGCGCGUCUUGGUGGUUGGCAUCGGCAACAGCGCGGUGGACGUUGCAGUCGAUUUGGCAGCUACUGGAAGAUCCAAAGCUGUCUACAUCAGCACCAGGUCCGGUGCCUGGAUCGUGCCCAACUACAUCUUUGGCCUUCCUACUGACCUCUACGCAUCUCGGCUGUUACUGUGGUUCCCAUGGCAACUCACCUCGCGAUUAUUUGAACCAAUAAUGUCCUUGUUGCUAGGCCACCCUGAAAAGUACAACCUCAACCCCAAGAUGCACCUGUUGCAGUCUCAGCCCACCGUUAGCCCCACCCUCAUCCACCACAUCCAGCGGGGUCACAUCAAGGUCAAAUCCAACAUUGCCAGGAUCGACGGGAGGACGGUUCACUUUGCGGACGGCUCGUCGGCCGAGGUUGACAACAUUGUCCUUUGUACAGGCUAUCACAUCAACCUUCCGUACCUGUCUGAGGAGUUGAGGUCCAAGGUCCUGGAUGAUUCAUCAAACAUGAUUAAGCUCUUCAAGAAUGUCUUCAGCCCGGCCGUCGGCCCGUCACUUGCCUUCAUUGGCUUCGUCCAGCCAGCAUCAGGAGGAAUCCUCAGCAUGUCAGAGACCCAAGCACGCUGGUUUGCUGAGAUUUGCAGAGGUCAGGUCAAACUGCCAGGUCAGGAGGUCAUGACGUCUAGUAUACAAGAAGAUACAGAUGCCGUUAAGAAACGCUACACUGCAUCAGCACGUCACACCAUCCAGCGAGAUCCUAUCCCGUACAAUGACGACCUGGCGGCUAGGUUUGGAGCUAAGCCGCAGCUGUGGAGACACCCACGCCUGAUGUGGAGAUUACUCAUUGGGAGUGGUGGAGCUGCCCAGUGGCGUCUGAAUGGCCCAGGCAAGUGGGACGGGGCACCAGACACAGUGAGGAGUGUUCCUGUGACGGGCUUGAUGCACUACGGGGUCCUGACUAUCAUUGGUCUGGUCCUCGGACUCCUUGCAUGUAUUGUGUUAGCAAUAUUUUGAAAGUAGAAUGUACAUUUUAAAACUUCAGAACACUCCCGUACCAAUGGAACGUUAAUUUGAGAAUAAACAGAGCAAGCAAUUUCUUAAUUGAAGCACAUCACUCCCAUGAAGACGUAUUCUGUGAUAUGAGAACACCUGGCAUUUCCAGAUUUAUUUUCCAGUUGUGGUUUAGUUUAAGAGUGGAAGUUUCUUUCAGAGUACUUAUCUGCUUUAUAUCAACCGUAAAAAUUCCCAAAUGUAGCAAUGCCAACCUUUUUUUGGAAUAACUCAGGGUAUUUUCAAUAUAUUUUAAAUGAUAUUGUAUAUCUAUAAUCUUUUAUCCGAAACUCUGUUUUACAGCCAUGGUGCUUGUGCAAUGUGUAUACUGGACUUUGCAUUUGUAAAACUGAAAUUGUCCCCAAAAUGAAAUUAUAUUGUAAAUAAUAUUCCUCUGUUAAUCCAGAAUAUUUUGAAUUAUUUUAUGAAAUGAUCCCAAUAAUCAUGUAACUUAUAAAUUCGUUCUUUUACACCCAAUAGUCUUUACACCCAGCUCUAGAACCCAGAUGGAAGCUAUUUAAAUUAUGCAAUUAAUAGAAUAUUUUUAAAUGCACAAGAAAUAUUGAUUGUGUUCUGUUUGUGAUGUAUAUAGAUGAAAUGAAUGCAAUUAUUGUAAGCCAGAAUUUAAAUUUAUUUAAUGUUCAUAUUUAAUAUAGACUUUGUGAUUUAUAAUUGCCAAAGAUACCUUUUAUACACUGAACGUAGGUGAUAUAUUUUGCACAUUGUUUUAUAACUGUAAUCCUCAUGUAAAAGACAAUUAUUAAAACAUUGUAAUGUACAGUCGGUAUUUUGCGGCUAUAAAAAUUUACACCACCUUGAAUGUUUAAAUGGAUGCAAUGAAGAGUCCGUUGCGACGAUAGAUACAGGAUGAG